CUAUAGGGAGCACUUGAGAAACACCAGACAGCUCAUGGUCAGCUGUCUGAUGGGAAUGAAAUAAAAACAUAUAUAUCACCUCCCAGAAAACUACACGGAUUCUACUUUAUGUCUGGCAAUGAGACGGCAAUUCUGCAUCAGCUGGCGAUUUUAGUGGUAUGUCAUGGCUUAGCAGUGGGUCAGAUCUCUUCUUAUUACUUCCUAGUCCAAAGACCUAUGCCAUGGGUCAAAGCCCAGGAGUUCUGUCAGAAGUACUAUGUGGACCUUGCUGUCCUGACCACAGAGGAGCAGUACUUCAGUGUCCUGAAUGCUACUCCUGCCACAAAAGUCAGCUUUUGGCUUGGUCUGAAACGCCAGAGUGUCUCCAGUGACUGGCAGUGGGUGAAUGGGGAACAACUGGGCUAUGAACACUGGUACAGGAGAAACAAUGAAGGCUGCUGUGCAAGUUUAGAGGCCAUGCUGGAAAAAGACAAGAACCUGUUGGCUCGCUACUGUAAGGAACCACACAUGGUUGUCUGUCAGGGUCCACAUUCCCCUCAGUCGGUGACAGUGGACUCAGUGGGUGCGGAACAUGUGAAUCUUAGUUGGAAUAUCUCUGCCUUUAUGCAGACGACACCACACAGUUACAAUGUGACCAUAUGUGACAGCAGAUGUGAGACAGUCUUUUACUCCUGCACCAAUGGUUCUGCAGCGAUGAGCAUCAGCAUCUCCAACUUAACAUCAGGCACAAAGUAUUUCCUACAUAUCUCUGCCUUUGUUGUUCGGCCUGACAGUGUUACUGGUGGAAACAUCAUCCUGCAGAGUAACCCUACAACAGUAGACGUUAAAACAGAUCACGAUAUCAUCUUUGCUGUUUUGAUGGUCAUUAAACUGAUGUUGCUUGCUCCUCCACUGUGGAUUCUUUAUCAUAUCCUUAAAAAAGCAGGUCGUUUUGAAGAAUCAAAUCAUUACAUCUCUCCAGUGUUGCUCUCAACUGAAGACACAAUUGUUGAUCUGGUCCCUCAGAAAACUCCAGGCAUUGGUUAAGACACGGAAAAAACAUAGUCUAGACAUUUGUAGAAAAAUCUCUUCAAAUGAAAAAUGCCAACACAAUGAAUAUAGAAUACAUGGAGACAGAUUCAUUUUUUAAAUAAACUGCUUCUCAUUUACAAAUGAAUCGUUAACCAGUGUGUAGAAAAUACUACAGUUAAACCUUCUUUUUUGAAACAUGGUAUGACCAACUUUUCUAAAAUACCUUUCGAUUUUUAUUAAAUUUGAUCCUAAAUGAGUGACUAAGACCACGAACUCAACAGGAUUGUGUUUUCCGUUGCCGUUUACCCACAGACUCAUAGUACCGAAAGCCUUUACGCAGCCACAGAUAUUGCAUUGUAGCGGCCCUUCACAUAGGAUGCAGGUUUAAGGCACUUUCACAUUGGCUUCAUCUUUAUAAACAGACAUCUACACUGUUGUUUUGUAUUGUAUGGUUGUACCAUUGGUCAUUCAGAUUAGUGAGCACAUGUGAAAAUAUGUGACCCUCAAAAUUUAAAAAAGUAGUCCCUGGAGUAUUUGUUAAAAGCAUUUUAUGCCUCUUUUUUUUUUUUUUUUUUUUU